AUGGAACUAGAAAAGUUGUCUAUGCACGAGGGUUAUAAAAAAUUUUGCUCAAAAUAUCCCUUGAAGAAGUUGUCCAUGCCCAAAAGUGAUUUAGUAUGGUGUUAUUAUGAUAUUAAUAGUAAGAACGAGAAUAUAGUAAUAUUUUUACAUGGUGUAUGUGGAACGGCAGGAUGUUAUUUUUAUCAGUUAGAUAAUUUAAGUACGUUAGGUUUUCGAGUAAUAUCAUUACAGUAUCCUUGUUAUAACAAUUUAAAAGAUUGGAUAAAAAAUAUGUGUAACAUAUUAGAAUAUUUGAAUAUAAAGAAAGCUCAUUUUUUUGCUUCAGAUUUAGGGGGAUAUUUAAUUCAGUUGUAUGCUAAAUUAUAUCCGUCAAAAGUAGAAUCAUUAAUUUUAUGUAAUUCUUAUAGAAAAACAGAUAAUUUUGCAUCCAUAGCAUCUUUAAGAAAUAUAUAUGGAAAGUUUUAUAGUUUCUUACCUCAUGUUUUAUUAAAAAAGAUUAUAUUGGAAAAUUACAUUUAUUUAAAUUAUGAACAUGUAGAUUUAAAAGAAAUGAAUUCCUUAGAAUUUAUGAGUAAUGAAAUUGAUUUAAUUUCAGCAUCAGAUUUAGGAGGAAGAAUUAGUUUACAAUUAUCAUCUGAUAAUAUUGAUAAAAUUUAUAUGAAUGAUAAAUGUAUUACUAUUUUACAAACACUUAAUAAUAUCUAUCCCGAUUCUUUAAAUGAUGAUAUGAAAAAAGCAUAUCCUUUAGCAAAAUAUGCUAUAAUGAAAUCAGGAGGAAAUUUUCCAUAUCUUAGUAGACAUGAAGAAGUAAAUAUGUAUAUAUUAGUACACCUUAGAAAUAAUUGUAACACCAAUUUUAUCAAAAAACAAAUAACAACCAUGUCAACUAUUAAUUUAAAUAAAUACAAAAAAGAACAAACAAAUCAAUAUAAUGAUGAACAUAAAUAUUAUGAUAAAGGAUCCUGUAAAAUUAAUUAUAAGAAGGACCACAACGAACAUUAUACAAAUCCUGAUGAACAAAAAAAUAAAGAUUCAUAUAAUGAGUAUUAUACAAAUGAUUAUAUUCAUAAACAAAACUUUUCUAAUAACAAAAUUAAUAAAAAUAGUAAAGAAAAUUAUAUGCCACAUGAUAUUAAAUAUGAUACUUCAAAAAAUACUUAUCAAGAUAUAACAGAUGAUGUUUUAUCAUAUAAUUAUAGUAAUUAUAAUAGUAGUGAAAAUAUGAAUGAUUAUAUUUAUGAUAAAAUUUCAAAAAUUCAAAAUAUGGAGAAUAAUUAUUCUGAAUCAAAUACAAAUGAUAAAAAUUUUUAUCAACCAAAAAUAUAUUCAUAUAAUCAAAAUGAACAAUAUAAUUAUAUAAAAGACAACUCCUCAAAUAAUAGUAAUAAUAAUAAUAAGUAUAAUAAUGAUGAAUUUGAUGAUGGUAUAUAUAAUAUAAACCCUAAUGAUAAUGUCAAUUAUCAAAAUGAGUAUUAUAAUAGAACAGCUUCAUCAUCCGAUGAACAACAUUACGAAAAAAUCAAUAAUCAAUAUAAAUUUAAAUCUGCAAAUAAUGAUAAUAAUACUAGUCAAAGUAGUAAACAAAAUAUACAAAGUUCCUAUGAAUCGUAUAAUAAUAAUUCCAUAAAUUAUGAAGAGAGAAAUAUUAAUCCAAAUGAUUCCAAUUAUAGGAAUUCAAAUUUUGAUAACAAAGAUAUCUAUUGUCAAUUUUGA